GCAGUCUAUAUUGUUCGCUCUUUAACUUCUGAACGUCGAUCCGUAGUACAUUUACAUAUAUUAAAUAUGUGAUGUGCUGAUUAGAAAAAACUUUAUUAAUAAACACUGCAUUUUGCCACCUCAAAACUUUAUCAUAAUACAAUUAAAUCAUACAAUGAUGUUAAUUAACCAAACUGGAUAAAUAUAUUCAUAUUGUGCACUGACGUUUUUCAAUUGCAAACAAAAAAGGGAUUAAAAGUUAGUACUGCGAAGUUUACAAAUAAGUUUUCAAGACGGAACAACAAAAUGGACCAAAGAGACGACAAAAAAGACACGGUCACUUUAAGCUCUAAUAUUUCAAAGGGACCUUCUGGAAAUGGAUUGCCCACAAAAAAAGGCAAAUCAAAAAGAUCAAAAACGAAUGAAUAUGAUACCCAGAAUAUAAACAUGAAAAAAAGUUUUACGAAAUUUGAUGACCUUCAAAAACGAAAUGUAAUCCAUGUACGUUCAAGAGAUUCUAAAAAAGCACAAGAAAUUUUUCGAUCUACAAUUGCUGAACAGCUUGACAACUGCCGUCAAUGCAAAAAACCGGUAUACAAAAUGGAGGAAGUCAUUCUUCAAUUAAAAACUGGAACGACUAUUUUUCACAAAACGUGCUUACGUUGCAAGGAAUGCGGUAAACAACUUAAAUCUGAUAGCUAUAACGUUCACGAUGGAAGUUUAUACUGUUCUGUGCACUUCAAAUUAAUCUUUGCACCGAAGAUAGUUUAUGAAGAAUUUACACCACUAAAGCCAGAGCUUAUUAUACGAGAGAAUCAACCAAUAGAAUUACCACCGGAUGUCGCAAGAGCUUCCGAUAAGCCAAGUCUUGGACUUGAUGAACUUCAACAAUUAAACGUGCGCUCAAAAUUCAAGGUUUUUGAAAAUGGAUGCAAAGAACAGAUCAAUAACUUACCUGAACGUCAAGAUACUGCACUUACUCAUAGCAAAUCAAUACGGUCUACGCUAACCAAACUUCAUAAGCUUGGAAUAACUAAUUUAGAACUUGUUGAAUUGGAUGAUAUUGACAACAGCGACAUUGAUAAAAUAAAUACCGACGAUGAAAACGAUAUCGAUUUUUUGUGCUCCAGAAAGGAUAUUAAGAGGGAAAGGCCUGUGGGCUUGGGAGAAGCUAUGAAUGAUAUAAGAUCGAAAUUCGAGCAAGGUGAAUUGAUGACAAAAGAAGAACGUCGCGAGGAAAGGAAACAGGAAAUACAGAGCAUACGUUCCCGACUAUUUCUGGGUAAACAAGCAAAAAUUAAAGAAAUGUAUCAAUUAGCUGUGGCUGAAUCAGAACAAGGCGUUACAUCGGUGGGUAAGACCCCCGAUAUUAAUGUCAUAAAGGCUACUCAUCUUAUUAAGGAUCGAUUUGAGAACGGUGAAGUUUUUAACGAUAAUAAAGUUCAAUCAAAAGAGGCAAUUUUCGGUAUGCAAGCAGAUGCGGAUGUUUUUGAAUCUGGAAUAGGCAAGGCAUCACGAAGUAUCUUCAUGGAGCUAGAUGCAAAUAUAAGUUCCAACUUAAGUAACAGUCGUGCCCAAAAUAGCCGUCCAGAUAAAAAGAUUGUGAGCUGUAACCAAUUGUGGCAAGAGAAUACCGGUGUUGACGUAAUCAAAUGCGACUCAAAGCCAGAAGAAGUUAAAGUCGCCACUGAAGAGUUAACAGAAAGGUUUAAAUUCUUCGAAAAAUAUGCACCUCUCGAAAAUAAAAAAAAAACAUUUCGCAUGACUCCGCCACGUGACGGUGUUGUAAAGAUGCCCUCCCCUGAUUCGGACUCGGAGGGUUCGAUUCAAACGCCCUUAUUCAAUGAUAACGUUUUACAAAAAACCAAAACAACGUCAACAAUAUUAAGCAAGUUUCGCGAAAUGGAAGUGCAACAAAUGAAAGAUAAAAACAAGGAGCGAAGCCCGAAACCAUUAAAGUGCUUUACUCCACCACCAGAAAUCGGUAACCAUUUUAAUAGAUCAGAUACUGAAGAGGAAAACGAUAGUGAUAGCGAGCAGAACACUGAUGACGAGGAAAAGAGGUUUGCUCCACCCAACUUCUGCAACAAUGAUCAAGGGCUUUACGAGGCUCAGAACGCAGCUCGUGCUAAACAAUUGCGUGCGAAGUUUGAAAAGUGGCAAAUUAACGAAAUAGAACGCGAACUCAACGAAGGACGUGUAGACACAGAGUCCUCAAAGCUAAUUUCAAAUGAGUCUAUUGAAAGUGCAAAAAAAAUACGGGAACGGUUUGAAAACAUGAAUAAUUCUGACACUCAACUGGAGAACGCACCAAGAAGUCAAGUCAAACGAUUUGUUGUAUGUGUACCAAACUAAAUUAAAGUAUUAGACUUAUCGUUUUAUUUUAGUAACGCAAUAAUCGCCUGAUGGUCUACAACGACAUAGUGUCAUUAUACGCACAUUUAAAGUAAAUAAAAUAAAGCACACAUCACGGAAUAAGAGGAUCCCCAGAAGCUUCGAAAUAAUAUCUUAUAUUUUAUAUGCCUUAUAUAAAUACAUUUUUGACAUUUUGAAUGUGGCAAAUACAAUAUGAUUAUAAUACUUUA